UCUCAGUGUCCGUGUGAAUGCAGUGGCACUGAGCCUUGGAAGCCUGAGGCCACAUCACUCCCACCCACCCAGCUGCGACUGCUCCGCCCGGGCCCACGCCACCUCACCCAUGGGGAACAGCAAAAGUGGAGCCCUGUCCAAGGAGAUCCUGGAGGAGCUGCAGCUGAACACCAAGUUCACGGAGGAGGAGCUGUGUGCCUGGUACCAGUCGUUCCUGAAGGAGUGCCCCAGCGGCCGCAUCACGCGGCAGCAGUUCCAGAGCAUCUACGCCAAGUUCUUCCCUGACUCCGACCCCAAGGCCUACGCCGAGCACGUUUUCCGCAGCUUCGACGCCAACAGCGAUGGCACCCUGGACUUCAAGGAGUAUGUCAUCGCCUUGCACAUGACCACGGCGGGCAAACCCAGCCAGAAGCUGGAGUGGGCCUUCUCACUCUACGACGUGGACGGCAAUGGGGCCAUCAGCAAGAAUGAAGUACUUGAGAUAGUCAUGGCGAUUUUCAAAAUGAUCAGCCCCGAGGACGUGAAGCACCUUCCAGAUGAUGAAAACACCCCGGAGAAGCGAGCUGGGAAGAUCUGGGCCUUCUUUGGAAAGAAGGAUGAUGAUAAACUGACAGAGGAGGAGUUCAUCGAGGGGACCCUGGCCAAUAAAGAAAUUCUGCGGCUGAUUCAAUUUGAGCCUCAAAAAGUGAAGGAAAGGUUCAAGGAAAAGGAAAAGAAACCCUGAUGCCAACCACUGAGCUCCCCUGCCUCCCCUUACUGCUCACAUAAACACACACUUGCAUGCACACGCACUCACCCUGCACAUGCACACACAUGUGUGCACAAACACACCCAGGGGCCACAGCAUGUUGAACCCACAGCACAGCUCCCGGCAAAAGGAAAGCAUCCUUAAAGAUCUGCUGGCCCCUUCCUCCCUCGCCUGCCAGAGCCCCUCCCACCACACCCACCUCCCGGCCCCACCCUGCCAGCCCACACCUCUGGUGAUUAUCCUGGGAUUAGGUUGCAGGACUCCUGAACAACAUCACCCCCUGAGUAAGCUCCUUUGAGGAUUGCUGGGUAAGCAGGUUCUAAUAAAUGUGAGAGUUGAGGGGCAUGCA